AUUUGCCUCUCACAGUCAGUGGUAAUCCUAUCGUCUGCGCAGUGAGGGGGAUUCAUUAAAAGGUGUAAGUGGGUAAAGGUUCAGUUGCGAAUGUCACAACGUUAAAAGCAGACGAUGAAAAGAACGUUCGCUACCAAGCUCGUUCUCAUAGAUAGUUGUACCUAAAGCCUGGCACAUUCUACAUGAUGUCAAUUGCAUUUACAUUAAAGCAGCUGAAACUGCUUUCAUCUGCAAUGGGAAUUUACUUGAAUUCAAACAGAUUGUCCUGAAAAACAAAUUUUAAUUGCGAAAAUUUACCAAACUGUCGCCAGUGUCCAAUCUGUAUCUAUGGAUAUUCAAUGCCAAUGCGACGCAAUGUGAUGCAAUUAUAGAAAUUGGUGUUAGUAAAAAUUACUUAUUUUGUGAAAAGCGGAUGCAUUACUUUUACAAUUCAAAAUUAUUUUAGUCUCAAUAAAUAAUGCCGGAUGCCUUUUUCAAGUCAUCUUGAUAAAGACCCCAAGCCUGAAAUGGAUGACUCCAGGCUACCAAAGGGAGGUCAUCACACAGGAAAGGAUAUAAAUAUUGUAGUUAUUGGAGUCAAAGGAGUAGGAAAAUCUGCUCUGACAGUGCGCUUUAUGACAAAGAGAUUCAUCGGAGACUAUGAUUCUCAGAUUGAGGCUGUAUACACGAAGCAGUGUUCUUUGGACGGAAAGACAAUCACAGUGCACAUUCUGGACACCGCCUGGCAGGCCAACGGAUUCACCAUCAAAGACGACCAAAUAGUUUGGGCAGACGCAAUUAUGAUGGUUUACUCCAUUACUGAUAAAGAAAGCUUUGAAAAACUGAAGGAAUUUGCUGAUUAUGUAAUUGCCAAGAAGACAGACAGUAAAACUGUCAUGGCACUCAUCGCUAAUAAAAGUGAUCUCGUUCAUAUGAGUACUGUUACAAAUGUUGAAGCCACGCAGUUCUGUGCAGAAUACAAUUGCUUAUUCUUUGAGACUUCUGCAAGUGAAAGCUAUAAUUCGGUGACAAAUGCGUAUAUUUCAGUUUGUCGGCAAGUGAAAUUGACACAUAAAAAGAGGGAAAAAAUUUCAAAGUUUAUGCAGAAUCCCGCCAUUAAAGCUAAACUUCAGAUUCGAAAUCCAAUUCGAGGCUUAGAGAUGAAAUGGAGGUCACGUGCCCCGACCAUGUGACAAAGUCAUAAGAAUUCCUCGUGAACUAAGAAAAAGGAAGAAACUACAAUUUACAUGUACUUGUAGAAUGCGAAUUAAUUCAUAUUCAACAUGUGAUAAAGUGCUGAUGGCACUAUCAUUUUUGACAGACUUUUUAUUGUGAUUGAAGGAAGUGAAAUUCAUAUGAUUCAUGUACACCACACUAUUCUUAUUUUAUUCUCUUCAUAAUCGUUUUACGAAAAAUCAAAUAUUCAUAAAUAAUAUUCUGUUAUUCAUAUUAAGAAAUAAAAUAUGAACUUAA